CAAGAGUGAAAGCCAAUAAUCUUGGAACUCUAUGUCGUCGACAUCCUCACGCUCACAUAUCCACAGCGGACGGUCCUCCAUCUCAGUAAUCGAAUGAUCGGAACAUGCCCCUCAGACAAUCAUGAGGACCCUGGCCGAGACAAAAUCACGAUGGGAGGAUACGUUCAAGGAGGGAUCCAGCAUCGCCGACCUGCAACGGGCCGUCAAGUUCAACGGCCCCCACAGCCCCUGCGUAGCUGGUCUGCGCUCCAUCUGCUGGAAGGCUUUUCUGCUAUGGAGGGACGCGCCUGCUGAACAGUGGCCUGAGCUCGCCCGCGAGUCUCGCGCAGCCUAUAGCGCCAUAUGCGGCCAGCACCUACGGUAUAUCAGGCAUCCCGAGCAGCUCGCUGCCCUCACCAUUGACCCGCUGGCCGAUGACCCAGACUCGCCCUGGAACGCCGUGCGUAGGGACGAAACGGCCCGCGCCGAGAUCCUCCAAGAUGUCCAGCGACUGCCCGACGAACCCUUCUACCACGAGGAGCGCGUUCAAACCAUGAUCUUGGACAUUCUCUUCCUCUACUGCAAACUCAAUCCCGGCGUGGGCGGAUAUCGCCAAGGCAUGCAUGAGCUGCUUGCUCCUAUUGUCUGGGUGGUGGCCCAGGACGCGGUUGACCGGGCGACCGUUACGACCGACGACCCUGCCGAGGCGCUGAUUGUUGAGAUGCUAGACUCGGCUUUUGUCGAGCAUGAUGCAUUUUCGCUGUUUUCCAAGGUCAUGGAAAGUGCCGGCCCCUUUUACGAGGUCAAGGGUAGUGCCAGCUCGGAUACGCCACAGAAGAAUACCAUCGUUGAAAGGAGCAAGUACAUUCACGAGGUGGCUUUAACAAAGAUUGACGAGGAGCUGGCGAAUCACUUGCGAAACAUUGAAGUUCUUCCGCAAAUAUUCCUCAUCCGGUGGAUCCGACUAUUGUUUGGCAGAGAGUUUAAUUUCGGACAGUUACUCUCGCUCUGGGAUAUAUUAUUUGCAUACGAUCCCCAUCUGGAGCUGAUAGACCUCAUUUGCGUGGCCAUGCUGCUGCGGAUUCGAUGGACUCUGCUCGAAGCCGACUAUUCAGUUGCCCUGCAACUGAUGUUGAAAUACCCCACGCCGGCGCCCCCUCAUGGUCCUCAUACAUUCGUUGACGACGCCUUGUACCUGAAAGGCCACUUCGACGCCGCUGGCGGCGUCACUUUAAUAUUCAAAUACACUGGCAAGAGCCCCGCGAAUUCAUCAUUCACGACACCAGCCCCAUCACGCACUACGACGCCAUCAUUUCAGAAAUUCAACAGCUUGCGCCAACGGACGCUCGGCGCGAGGUCACCACUGCCGGCAAGGAUCCUGCAACAACCCGGCGGCGUCGAAGCACUCCUCCAAGGGGCGGCCAAGAACGUGAUGCAGAGGGGCGAAAAGCUUGGUAUCAACCAAGCUGUGCGCGAUGCCGUGGGUGAGAUUCGCCGCAAUGUUCAGGGCUUCCAGGAAACCCGGAAUACGACCAGGGGAGCCCGCGCGCUGUCGCUGUUUGGAGAGGCCACUCCCCCGCCACUUCAGGAUCAUGCCCUAACUGUUGCCAUGAUGGAAAAAAGAAACCGCCGAUUGGCUGCCAUGCUGGACGAGUCGGUCACGAACCUCAAGCUGCUGGCAGCUUCAGGGUUCGAGGGUGAGAAGGAGAAGCAUCUCGAGACAGUCGAGUUGGCCGCAGCCAAAAUCCAAUUCGUCAAGGCAUGCUUAGAAGACGCCUCGCUCGCACUCCCAGAGGAGGAGCUCCCUUCUCUGGGAACACUUACAAUAUCAGGUUCAGCCGAAAUCAGUUCUUCCACGGUUGCCCUCGACACCACUCCUCUGGUUAUGACCUCCUCCGCAGUAGACGAGACCAGGACGGCGUUGUCAACACCAGACUCGAGCAAGGGAAACAGCGUUCUCGCCUCCCCACCGGCGGAGUCGCAGGCCAAGCAGCUAAUUGCCGAGGUCGACAAGAUGGACACGGACCAUCACGACGAGGACACGUUGCCUCCUCUGAAGUCGGAGCUCACAAACUCCCCUUCACCUCCGGCAGUCUUGACAGUCAUACCUGACACCCCGCCUCCACCGGUGCCUAUUCAAAGGGAGCAGCGGCCACACGGCCCCAUUCCCACGCGAUCCACACUAGCCCAGUCGUCCUUCGCCUGGAUGCUGGAGCCAGAUUCAGCCACAUCCUCUCUCCAGCGGCCCCAUUCAUCGUCCUUCUCGUCGUCAGGCAGGCCACCGAGCAGUGGAGGGGGCAGCACUGCCCAAAGAAAGCGAGUCAACCCCAGCAGAGAGAAGAACGCCUUCCUCUUUGGUGAGGUUACGGGUGACGGGGCUGGCGAGGGGCUACUGUCGGCGGACCAGAUCUUUGGGUUGCAGCCUAUCCGGAAGGGGGGAUGAUGGGCCGGGGUGAGGUAACCGGCAAAGACACAUACAGCGGGGCAAGCGAGGGUUGUUGGGGGCAAUGGAGUUCAGGCCACCUCGCAGGCAUCUGUCGAUCUGAGAGUGUUCCGCCCUUAGGCUGCGGCGGAAUCGACCGACCAAUAUCACCAAGGCCUAAGCGCGACUGCUACUAGGUAGCCAUGGUGGCCCUGCGGGUACCUACAGCAGCGCAACCUGGUCGUCGGUGAAUACAAGAUCGAUAAAGGUCAUCAGGGGACUCUGGGCGAAGCAAAACCCCCAUAGCAUGG